GAGUUUGAUGGUAUCAGACGGUUCGCUAAAGGUGGUUUUGCAACAGUGUACAGAGCGCAAUGUGAAAAAUAUGGAGAAGUUAUCUUAAAAGUUUUGAACAAUUCUGAAAAUAUAACUAAUGAAUUUUUACAAGAGAUUGACAAUCACAGAUUGUUCGAUAGUAACACUAGAAUUGUAAAAUGUUAUGGAAUUUCCCAAGAUCCCAAAUCUAAGAACUAUGCAAUAGUAAUGAGUUAUAUUGAUGGUGAUAAUUUGAGUCAAUAUCUAAAAAAACAAAAACAGUGGAUAAGUUUUGAAGAUAAAAUUGAGCAAUUGAAAGAAAUUGCAGGGGGAGUAAAAGAUAUUCACGAACGAAGAUUAAUACAUCGAGAUCUUCAUCCAGGCAACAUCAUUGUAAAAUCUAAUUUUGUUUCUAACUACUUUUACAAAAUGUAUAAUGAUAUGCAAAAACAUAACGCGAAAAAGAAACGAAAUGCUAUGCAUGCUUAUGUUAGUUAUAUGAUUUAUACCACAAGCCUUAAUCAUGAUGAUGGGAAAAACUAUUACCCUCUUUUUCCAGAUAAUGAUUCAAAACUAGCAAAACUAGAAUAUUCUUCUCUCGACAAUGAAUCUCUUCUCUCUUGUGAAAAACACAAGCACGAAGAAGAAGAAAAAUCCGUUAUUGUUAAUUGGCAAAAAGAAGUGGAAGAGAAGAAUAAUACCGAAUUCUAUCAACAAUAUCAAACCAUAAAAAAAGAAUACGACGCUUUCUCCCAAACUACUCUUUAUCAAAUUCAUCCUCAAGCAGUUACUACUAGCAAGUUAAUAAACACUAAAAUAAUCACUCAAUUGUUACAACAACAAAAAACCGAGCAAUCUUGUAGUGCUAUGUCAAAAAGCAUAAGUUUAGAUUUAAAUCAAAUUGGAGAACAACAAGCCAGCAACCAAGAGAUUUUACAAGAAUUAAAGGAGCGAAUUGAACGCCAAAAGAGUUCCGAAAAAGAAGCAAAAGUAAUUAGUCUUAAAAUUCAGGAAGAAAAAUUAUCCGCUCAAUUAGAUGACGGACGAGAAGUAAUUGUGCCCAUAUCUUUACUUAUUAAGAAUGAAAUAAUAUCAGCCGAAAUCAAAACGAAACAAUUAGAAAAAUACGAAUUAUGA